AUGAAGGCAAAAACCCCGGGCCAAAAAAAGAAGUUGGGGUGGUCGAGUCUGGCGCGGAUUCAACUUUUUUUCGGGGAAAAAAAGCGCCCUAAGCGGCGGCUGAGUAAGCAGGUAGCUGAGAGCUCCAGGCGUCAAGCUCGCCGCGCGGUCAUCAUCCAACCACUUCUCCCCAUCAUCGCCGUUUCUGAACCUCAUCUUUCCUCGUUUACUUUGAAUUUGACAAACCGCAGACAUGUAAGUCCUCUAUUUCUACCGCACUCCAAGACUACUCUUAUUCCGAAACUUACGCUUUCUAGGGAGGUUCUCUUGGGCAUUACUGGCAAGGACUUCGUUAUUAUUGCGGCCAGCAAGGCCACAAUGCGAGGUCCGACAAUCAUUAAGGCGGAAGAUGACAAGACACGGCAACUGAACCAGCACACUCUCAUGGCCUUCUCUGGAGAGGCUGGAGACACCGUGCAAUUCGCCGAAUACAUUCAAGCAAACGUUUCUCUGUACACUAUGCGCAAUGACACCGAACUCAGCCCUUCCGCCGUUUCCAGCUUUGUCCGAGGAGAAUUGGCCCGCAGUUUGCGGUCACGAAGCCCGUACACCGUCAAUCUGUUGCUGGGAGGAAUGGAUCCAGUCACCCAGGAACCCAGCUUGUACUGGAUCGAUUAUCUGGCUUCCCUGGCCCCCGUACCAUAUGCCGCCCACGGCUACGCCCAAUACUACUGCCUCUCUCUGCUUGACAAACACCACAACCCCAACAUCAGUCUGGAGGAAGGAAUGAAACUUCUUGAAAUGUGUACAGAUGAGCUCAAGCGCCGGCUACCGAUUGACUACAAGGGCGUUCUGGUCAAAGUUGUCACGAAGGAUGGUGUCAAGGUGGUUGACUUCGAUAAUGAUAGAAUUGUUCGCAGUGCUUAA